AUGGCCGAGCAUUAUCGCAAACACAAACUUAUUAUUGCUAUGUGUCGAUUUUCGCUCACCGCAAUGAAUCAGUUGUGUAAAGUAUGUAAUGAGCCAGCUGCAGGUUACCACUUUGGUGCUUUUACCUGCGAAGGUUGCAAGUCUUUCUUCGGGCGAACCUACAACAAUCUUUCGACCCUAGGAGAGUGUAAAAACAAUGGUCAGUGCGUCAUCAACAAGAAAAAUCGGACUUCUUGCAAGAGUUGCCGUCUGAAGAAGUGCAUAUUGGUUGGCAUGUCAAAAAGCGGAUCCCGAUAUGGACGUCGCUCUAAUUGGUUUAAAAUUCACUGUUUGAUCCAAGAUCAAGCUGAAAUGAACGGAAGGACUGUCGAACAAGUUGCCUUGACAAACGGACAAUUCCAUUAUGAGAGCAAAAACUUAGUUUCAGCCAUCAAAUCACAGUACGGAGAAGACACUACAUCACCCAACAGAAUAGCACAAUCUAGUGACAUAACACGUGUACUAAAAUCUCCAGUGCCUACCAACGUAUACGAUACCAAAUUGUUACCCACCAACUUUACACAUCUCGAAACAUCAAACAUUUCUCAUGAACGCAAGGAAAACAUUGGAUACAAUCGCCUUCCAUUGUCCCCUGUUUCUCCCAUGUUACCUCUUAAUUCAAGCAAAUUUUUAUUUCAGCAUGGCAACGAAGCUUUUAUCCCCAAAGGUUACAGCAGAGCAACAAAACUUUAUAAAAUGGAUGUCAAUCAUAACUACUCUUACCAGUUUCUUGCUAUUAAUAAGUAUGAUUCGUCACAAGAAGACACGCCAGUUGUCAUGGACUACUUGGCAGACACACAAGAAACUCCCAUCGAUUUGUCUGUGAAGAAACCUCCACAACUACCGAUGACAAAUUACAAUCUUUGUCUGAUCAACAAACAAAGCAGUCGGCACCCAACAGAAACGUCAUCAAUUGCGAAUAUUUUAGAAUCUCCUUUAGAUCUUACGAGGAAAAUGUGUUGAUAUCCAUUCUUUGGUGACAUAUAAUUGUACCUUCAAUGUUGAAAUCACUACCACCACGUGACGAAUCCACAUAUUAUUGGUUGUAUAGUGCCCUCAAUAACACUGAGACUUUGCAAAAUCUAUUGAACAUGGGAAUCAUAUAUUAAACUGUUUUUGGAUAUAUAGUACUACUUUAUAUGACAUAAGUAUUACCCAUUAUGGUAUUUCGAGAUCUACUUAAUAUUUUAUGAGUUCUUAAUGAAUGUGACAGUCCAUCAUUACGGGUUAGACUGGAAUUUGAUAAAAAAUGGCAAUUAUAUUAUUAUAAAUAUACUUAAUUUUUAUUUUCAUUGAUUUCACGUGAUAAGUCUGAUGACUUAAAGGCCAGUGUUCAUUUCAUCAGUUAUCAAUCAUUCAUGACAUGUUACGUUGUUACUAAAUGUUUAGAUAGACAAUAUCUUAGAAAAGAAUAAACACCGAACAAGAAGUGUUGACAUUUAAUGUACAGCUUUACUUCCGAGUGCAAGAAUGAAAAACAUUAUGAAAUACUGAUAUCUCUAAUGUUAUUGGUCAUUGUACUCCAUAAAUA